AUGGAAACUAUCUAUGCUGUCCGGGCGAAUGUGGUCAAAUCCCAAGGCUACAGCUCAUUGAGCGCCAGUCGGCACACUCCAAACACCCUAACUGCUACCGAUAAAAAAACCCACGGAUUUAAGCGCCACAUUCUUGCGCAAGUGGUCUCCACGGAAGGAAUCAAAUCCAUCGAAGAUCGCCUUCUGACGAAUGUCCGCGAUUUUGUCAACUUACUUGGUAAGAACGGAGACGAGUUUGGGAAUGUGAGGCCCGGGCUCGAUUCCAAGGACAAUGACUGGUCGCAAACGAAGCACCUGGCUCCGAUGUGUGACUGGGUAACCUUUGAUGUGAUCGGCGAUCUCUGUUAUGGGAGAGACUUUGAUAUGCUGCACUUGCCUGAUAUGCGAUGGUUCCCAUCGGUGGUCCUGAAGAUUACACGGCGCAGUAUGGCGGUACUCGGAUUCGAGAGCGCUCAGAGGCGCCAACGCCUCGGAAAUGACAUCGAACAAAAGGACUUAUUCUAUCAUAUGAUGAAUACAGCGGAUCCCAAGACGGGUAUUCACUUUACUCCUAAGGACCUCUGGGUGGAAUCCAUGCUCUUGAUGACUGCCGGCGCAGAUACCACUGCUACCGCAAUGGCCGGCACUUUCUUCCACCUCGCGCACAAGCCCAAUUUACUUGCACGCCUAGUGCGCGAGCUUCGUAUCACGUUCACCGAUGAAGAAGACAUUUGCAUGGGACCGGAGCUCGACUCAUGCGAAAACUGUUACAAGCUUGCAUCAACGAGACCAUGCGUCUCGCACCAUCUGUCUCUACCACAAUCCCCCGUACUGUGCUUGAAGGCGGAAUCGUGA